GAAGGGAUGCACGAGUUCCUCAAGCUGAGGACACCGUACACCAUGAUCCCGACUCCAGCCCCCCUCGCGGAACCAUCUGGACGGAAGCGUCCAACAACUCCCUCGCAUAGCAUCCAAGAUCUCUACUUCACGGACACUCCCACUCAGGACCACCUCGCCAUCAUUGACGCGUGCUUGCACGACUGUUACGAUGUGCCACGCGCCCAGAAGGUUUUCGACAUGUUGCGGGAUAACCGACAACCGGGUGACCCCGUUCUGGAGCCGCGAUUGUACAACAGCUUCCUCAAAGCUUAUUUAGAGAUGGCGUCCCGGCAGGCGGAGAAGCGGGUGCACUGGCUCGAGGAGAUGUGGGCGUUGUACGAUGCCAUGGAAGGUGACUCAAGAGAGAAGGUUCCUCCGACGGCCUCUACCUACGCUCUC